AGCAAGUUCCCAGCCAGUGUGUGAGCGCACGCGCAAAGCCCGCGACGCGUUCUAAAUUUAAAUUUUAAAUUCGCAUUCGCAAUUUUUUUUUAUAACCGUCUCGAUCGGUGAAUAAAAGUUUGUUUGUGUUGUUUUUGCUGUGGUGUUUGCGUGAUUUUGUGAUUUUUAAGUUAGUAAAUCUAUUCAACAAUGGAGCCGCUGCAAGUGGACAUCGUGCACUUCUACCCCGCGGACAACGCGCAGCCGCACAACACGAGGAAAUACGAGGUGGUGAACGAGCUGAACCCCACGACGGCGGUGGUGCGGCGCGGGCAGCCGUUCAGCGGAGUGGUGCGGUUCAAGCGGCCCAUUGAUGAGGAGAACGACGUGGUGCAGCUCGUGUUUGUGCUGGGCGAGAACCCCCAGCUGGACAAGGACACGAUGGGCUCGGUGUUCAUCAAGCGGGAAUCCGUCCCGGAGAAGGGGAUCUGGUCCGCCCGGAUCACCGAUGUGCAGGACGACAACAUGAUGUUUGAGGUAUCCACCCCAGUGACGCUGCCAGUGGGCAGCUGGUCCGUCCGCGUGGUGACCCGGCGUAGAGGCACCAACCUGAGGGAGGUGUACGACUUCGAGUCCGACCUGUAUAUACUGUUUAACCCUUGGAACCCUGACGACCAAACCUACAUGGAAGAAACAGAGCUCCUGCAAGAGUACGUCCUCAACGACGUGGGCAAGGUGUGGGUGGGCCCGGCGCGCAGCAGCCGCGGCCGCGCGUGGCUCUUCGCGCAGUUCGACGAGGCCGCGCUGCCGGCCUGCAUGUUCGCGCUGGACAGAGCUGGCGUGCCGUUUCAGCACCGCGGCGACCCAGUGAAAGUCUCUCGCGCUAUAUCCCGCAUCGUGAACUCGAACGACGACCAGGGCAUCCUGAUUGGUCGCUGGGACGGCCAAUACGAGGACGGCACGGCGCCCACCGAGUGGACCAACUCCGUGGACAUCCUGCGCCAGUUCCUGGAGACGCAGCAGGAGGUGCCCUACGGACAGUGCUGGGUGUUCGCCGGGGUCGUUGUUACUAUCUGCAGAGCCCUCGGCAUCCCAUGCCGCGCCGUCACCAACAUCGUCUCCGCCCACGACGCAAACAGCUCUCUCUCAGUCGACAAGUACUAUACGGAGAAUAUGGACGACCUGGACUUUGACCCGAACAACCCUGAGGGGGUCGACUCUAUCUGGAACUACCAUGUGUGGAAUGAUGUCUGGAUGGCGAGGCCUGACUUGCCGGCUGGUUUCGGUGGAUGGCAAUCGAUUGACGCAACACCCCAAGAGAAAUCUUCCGGUCUCUACCAAUGUGGUCCAGCGCCUCUAGAAGCCGUGAAGCAAGGGGUGUUGGGCCUCAGCUAUGACGUGGGCUUCAUGGUGGCGACAGUCAACGCUGACCUGAUGCGGUGGAGGCGAGACCCUGAGUCGGAGACCGGCUGGAGCAUCGUGGAUACUAAGAACUACUACAUCGGCAAGAUGAUCCUAACGAAGAAGCCCUACGUGUUCGACCCGAACGGAGACGAGGAUCGGGAGGAUAUCACGCACCAGUACAAGCACACGGAGGGGUCCGCCUCGGAGCGACUGGCGCUCAUGAACGGAGUGAGACAGAGCGAGAGGGCUAAGAGAUACUACGCGGUGCUCAACAACACGAGCAGCGACGUGCAGUUCAGCCUGCGCGACAUCGACACCGUGUUCAUCGGCGAGGAGUUCCGGAUCUGCGUCGACAUCACCAACACUUCCGACGAGGGUCGCAACAUAAAGGCGGUGCUGUCAGCGACCAGCAUCUUCUACAACGGAGUCAAGUCGCAAGUCGUCAAGAAAGCUGAGGGGAAAAUCUUUGUCGGACCUGGGAAACGCGAGGAGAUCAGCAUCCAGGUCACCCCCGAGGAGUACCUGACGCGGCUGGUGGAAUACGGCAACCUGAAGAUCACGGCGAUGGCCAUCGUGGACGAGACCAAGCAAUCCUGGGCCGAUGAUGAUGACUUCGCCGUGCUCAAGCCUAUCAUCUCUGUUAAGUUCACAGACGAGCUCCUAGCCAGCCAGCCGGCCACGGUAGCCCUCUCCUUCAUGAACCCGCUCGACGUGCCCCUCACCGGCUGCGAGUUCCGGGUGACGUCAUCAGGCAUCUCGGGCCGCACGCUCGCGCUGCCGAUAGAAGAUGUUGGGGCUAAGGAGCUGGUGACCGGGCAGAUUCCGGUUAUGCCGCUUAAACCCGGCCCCAUCAAUUUUGUGGUGACGUUCAAGUCUAAAGAACUGAAGGACAUCAGCGGCGCGGCGAGUGCUGAAGUCUUUGAUUAAAUAUAUAUUUAUACAUAUAUCAUGAUAAUACUAUAAUUUAGCUCUCUUCUUUGUACUAAGGAUGUAAUGUUAUUGCGAAGUAUUUUUUUAUACGAUAAUCAGUUUAUGUUGUGCUGUAUGUUAAGUUUAUAGUUUAGAUUUUAUAUGAAAUUAAUUUUAUAAGUACAUAGAUAAUUAUGUACUUAGUACCGUAAGCUUAAAGUAAACUGUUGGGUAUAUUGAUAUGUGCCAUAUACUAUUAUAUUUACUUACAUUUUUUAAACAACAACAAAAAAUAACAGGUAGAAACUAAAUUAUUUUUGAUAUCCGUUUUUUAGACCGUAGCACAUUAUACAUAAGUGCAAAUUAAACCUGUGCAAAUGUAUAUUUUUCAAUAAAACAUCAGUUUAUUUAAGAAACAACGUUUAUUUGGUUGAGCCCUCAACCGCAUUUGAGGAUCUUUCAUUACAUUGCUUACACGACACUAACCGUAGGCAUAUCUGCAGAUUUUAACUUCAAUGACAAAUCAUAGAAAAGUACGAAAUAUACUAAAGUCGUUAUUUAAUCUGCAAAUAUGACGGUGUACAAACUAUAGUUGUAACCUAAAACCGCUUGACAUUUUUUCUAAAUCUAUAGAACCAUGCAUUGAAAUUUCUUUUAUACAAAUCUGUACAAAAGAACAUAGAAUAAUCUUGAGAAGAAACUCUUGAAACAUCACCAAUUCAUCGCUCAUCACGUCUUAAGCUUAAAACUAGGAAAUUCAUUCUCUGAUAUUGUAGUUUAAAUAAAAAAAAACUCAACAAGCUUGGUAUUUUGUAUAUAAAUAAUAUAACGAUUAUGUAUAUUUAUAAAUUAUCAUUAUCACACAACGCACAGGGAUUUUUAUACAUUGAUAUAAGUUGUUUUUUGUUUGGAUGGAAACAGAAAGGAACUCACCUUAUAAAAUGCAAAAAAAGUAUUAUUGAUUAUCAUCUCUUUUUUAUCCUAUAUAGAAUGAUAAAUAUUAAUUAUUUGGAUUUGAGGUUAACACGGUCGCGUAAUAAAAUGUACAGUACAGGUUAUAAAUAUCUAUAAUUUAGACUCGUUUUGUACCAAUAUUGACCUAAAAGUUAAUUUCAUAAUACUUCAAACUGAGAUAAUUAUUCGUUUAAAAAACAAUUUAUUUUAAUUAAGUAGGUAUUUAAAAUUAUUGCAGUCAGCCUUACGCUAAUAUGUAACAGUAUUUUUCUAUUCGAUUCCCAAACAAUAAUAUAUUAGACUUUUCUACGCAUUGCUUAUUCAAAAGUACUUAAUUGAAAUUGUUCAAUACUUAAUGAUAAUUAUUUGAUAAGACUUGUGGUUUUACUAUAAUCACUUAAAAUUUCGAUGGUUCAACUGCUACUCAUCAUAUAAAAGGACUUAGGUAUAUAUUUAAGUAUUUAGUAUUGCUCUAAAAAGGAAUGACAGUAAGUAAAUCCAAUUUUGCUUAUCCUACAUACAAAUGGUGAACUAAAACUAUUUGACUUAGUAUCCACUAGAUAUUCUCAAUUGCAUACAAAACCAAAAGUUUACGAGUAGUCCUUAGAUCUUAUUCAGUUUAGUUGAACGCCUUAAAGUAGCUUUUACAUUCUAAACACCAAUGGCAGUGGUUUGUGAUUGGCUCAAAGCGCACUUGACAUAUUAUUAUUAUUAUUUAUGUAAGCUGUAUACCGUUUACCCUACACUAACUACAAUUCCUUCAAAACUACCCAUCAAAAGUCCAACUAAAAGAAAACCAGGAAUCUAAUUGUAAAAACAAACUCACCUAUCAUCUAUAAAUUUAUCAGGAACGGUCCUAUU